UAGAUCUUGCAGCUACUGUGGUUAUUUCCCACCCUAUUUGUAUAUGGAGAUCGGAGAUCGGUUAUAAAGGAAGGUCAGAUGAAUCCUGGAAUCUACUAAACCGGUUAAUUCCCUCACAGAAAGAAGACUUAAUUCCCUCACAGAAAGAAGACGGUGGACAGAUUUUCAACUGCUAUGGGGAUGCUCAAAUUCUUCAUGGGUAACUCCCACUCUGGGUCAGACAUGUCUGUGAUAGUGAGAGAGGGGCGGGUCAAAGCCUGGAGGGUCACCAGAAGCAUCACCUACUACUGCACCAGCGAUACCCCUGCCCCCUCUCCUCCCACCUCCUCCUUAUCCUCCCAUCUAGACUCUCCUCUUCCCUCCCCCCCCUACUCCCUCUCCGCCCCCUUUAUCUCAGACAUGCCCUCUCACCCCACUGUUUCCUCAACUCUCACCCCUUCAUUUUCGGAUGUACCAACCCUCUCUCCAUCCUCCCCCCGUCCCCUCCUCCUGCUUUUCCCGUGGCUGGGCGCCCGACCGGGGGCCAUGGCAAAGUACCGGGACCUCUACCUGGAACGCGGCCUGGACAUCCUAUCUGUGGAGAGCACAGUGUGGCACUUCCUGUGGCCUCGCUGGGGGCUGGAGUAUGGGGCUGAGGUCCUGGAGGUCCUGGGAGACCCGCGUUUCAAAGGUCGCCCCCUUCUGGUCCACGCCUUCUCCAUCGGCGGGUACACCUUCACCCAGCUGCUCAGCCAGAUGGUCAGGGAGCCACACAAGUACCCAGGCCUGGCCCAACGGGUCGUAGGACAUGUCUAUGACAGCAUGGUGGUCGGGUCGCUGGAGCAUAUGGCUAAAGGCCUGGGUCUGACCCUGUUCCCUCGUAUCGAGCCCCUGGUGCGAUACACUGCUCUGCUCUACUUCUGGCUCUUCAAGUCCCAGACGGUGUACUACUACGACAAGUCAAUCCAGGUCUUCUACAACAGCCCCGUCACCUCCCCGGCGCUCUUCUUCUUCUGCGAGAACGACGCGCUGUGCGACCCCGUCGCCAUGGAUGCGACCAUCUAUAUUUGGAGGAAGCGGGGCGUUGCUGUGGAAACCGGGAAGUGGAAGGAGUCUGUGCACGCUGCUCAUCUACGCUGUCACCCGGAGGAGUACCUCUCCACGUUGGAAAAAUUUCUGAUCUCGCUCAACAUCGCCCCCCUCAGGGAGAAGAUGUAAAUGGCUCAUGUGCUAUUCACAGCGGGAGGGGGGGGGUUGAUAAUUCAAUAAAGCCUGCAUACUCAUG